UCAACCCCCGAUGUAGCCGCGCCUGCCUGCGCGAGAUGGCAGCAGCAGCAACCUUCAGUGAUGAUCAGGCAGGCCCUGGUACGCGGAUGAUCCGAGUACACUCCCUCGCUCUCGAGCCGCAUGGCCUGUCCCAGACAGCCACCGUCAGCCUGGCCGACGAGGCCCUCGGGACACCACCGCGCUCUCUGCCAUGUUGUACCAGCCACCCCGGCCUACGAGAUGGGCAAGAGGAGCAGUGGGUCUCAGAGAUCGAUGAGCAUUUUCUGGGACUGACGACGCUUUAUGCUCUGCCGCCUGAUGAUCAUAUGGUCGACAUCCUUGCCAUCUCUGGACUCGGAAGUCACGCGUUCGGCUCGUUCAAGCAACGUGGCGGCGAGCACAUGUGGCUACGUGAUGCGCUGCCAAGCCAUAUUGUAGCACCGCAGCAGCAGCCUGGCAGCCAGGCCGAGAAUACCACCGGCAGUCGCCCUAUAGCCCGAGUCAUGAUCUAUGGGUAUUCAUCACCCGUCGCGGGCAGCAGCAGUGUGCAGAACGUGGAUGACCUAGCUGGACAACUGCGCCAGCAGCUACUGGCACUCGUUGCUGCUCGGCCCAACGGGGACCACAGGCCGCAACGACCCAUUGUCAUUCUCUCACAUAGUCUUGGGGGGUUGAUUCUGAAAGAGACCAUCAUCUCCCUGGCUUCUUCUCAGGACAGCAACGUGGUGAGCCUCCGCAGCGCCAUUGGCGGUCUCGUUUUCUUCGGCGUGCCGCAUCUCGGCAUGGACAUCGCCUCACUGGAGCCGAUGGCUGGUAGAAAAGGGCCCAACAGGGCCCUCCUGUUGUCUAUCGGGCAGGAUAACUCGCAGUUUCUCAGUCGGCAGACACGCAAAUUUCCAGCUGCACUGGAGAAGUUGGGUAGCCCACAGAGACCAGCAGAGGUAUUCUGCUUCUAUGAGACCGCCGAGUCACCUACCCCAGUGUGGAAAGAUGGAAAGUGGGCAAUGGACGGUCCUAAAACGAUGCUGGUGUCAGUGCCAUCCGCGACCUACUGUAUACCCCAAGCAGACCCGCGCAAUCACACCUGCGCCAUUAACCGUUCGCAUUCCGAGCUUGUCAAGUACGCUCCACACGACGACGUGUAUGAUCUCGUAAGGUCCAAGUUGCAGGAGAUUGUGACACGUGCUGUCAGCGCUGCUGCCCCCCACCCUGUGCACGAAGCCGAGUAGGUGCUGCAUGACCCGCAAGCGCCGCGCGCGCGACAGACGCAAGUUGGGUCGAAAGCUGACGGUAUUCAUUCAGACCUGAUGAUAAACCAAGGCCAAAAGUCACAACCCUCAUCCCGAUGCGACGAAACAAGAACUUCACAGGCCGCACCUCGAUCUUGACACAGCUGUGUGAGACCUGUUUCCCCGGAGGUGCUAGUGGCGAAAACCAGGACACGGUGGCGCUGUUCAGUAUUGGGGGCCUGGGGGGCAUCGGCAAGACGCAGGUUGCGCUCGAGUUCUCGUACUGGGUGCGGGACAACAUGCCUGAGUACUCGAUUUACUGGAUC